CGGUUGCUGCUGCGGGUGCGCGGCUCCUCCUCUUCCUUCGGAGACCCCCGAUCUCCGCCGUCGCCCCUCCGCAGCCCCAGCUUCGUCCUAGCCCACCGCCCAGCCCAGGAAAAGACAUGGAAACACCGUGGGAACAGAAUUUUCAGUGGAAUCCAGCUGGCUUGCCGCCGCCGCCACCACCGGGACUCUUCUGGCCGCCACCAAAGCCAGGAUGCGAAGCGGCGGCCCACCGCCCAACAACUGAAAUCUCCUUCUGGACGUUGCUGGCGGCCAUGCAGGCGGUGGAGAGGAAGGUGGAUGUUCACACGGGAGAGCUCCGGACUCUGCGACGGCGGGCCGAUCUGGCAGAGCACAAACUCUCCGUGACAGAGAAGAUGGUGACCGACUUGAUGCCCCAUCUGGACGCGCUGGGGACGAUGGCUCAGGCCUUCGGGCAGCUGCACCAGCGGGUGGAGAAGUUGGAGGAGCAGCUGAAGAACCAGAACUUCUGGCUGUUGAACGUCCCACCAGGCACCGGAAGGGAAACCCCGCAGGUUCCUGUGAACUUCGACAAUGUCUCAGUCUAUUGCUCGGAACGGGAGUGGGAGGAGUCGAACUUGGUACCGAAGGAGCGCCAGAAGCCUGCAGAGUCCUUGGUUUCAACGGAUUGUGCUACUUCAAAAUCUGGUUCAUUGUCCCUGAUGGAAGCUGGGACAUCUUUAAGUGGUGAACACCAAGGACCCUCUGAUGACGCAGAAGAUGUCCGAAAAGACAGAGCAGAAGCUGCUGUCCUCUUGCCGACAUCCGACAUAGCUGAGGCAAAGCCUGGAAACCUGGGUCAGCUCAGCCUCUCCCCUGGGUCUUUGGAACAGGAUGUGACACCCUCCGCAGAGGAGGACUUGGUGCCAGUGGACAGUCGGAUGGGUGCAAUAGAACAGUCGGCAGAGUCUGGAGCAGAUGUCGCAAAUUUCACCACCAUCGUCGUCCAGGAAGGAGUGCUUCCUGGUGAAGGGCCAUAUAUAUGUUCUGAUUGUGGCAGGAGUUUCUUGUACGAGAUACAGUGCGCCUUGCACCAACAAUCUCAUCUCCAGGUCUCUGCAGACCUCAGGGACAGUCCCACACAACAUCACCAGCCAGAGGUCAGGGCAUAUACCUGUCCGGAUUGCGGGCGCUGGUUCCCCCACCAGGCCAGCCUGAGCAAACACCGCCUCUGGCACACGGGCGAUCGACCGCACAUUUGUGCCGAGUGCAAAAAGUCUUUCCGGCUGAAAAUCAACCUGCACCUUCACGAGCGUACUCACGCAGUCACCAAAAAACCCGGCUGCUACAUCUGCGGCGAGUGCGGCCGGAAUUUCAACCACCACUCGAAUUUCUUACGGCACCAGAUGAUCCACACUGGAGAGCGGCCAUACACCUGUGGGGAGUGCGGGAAGACAUUUAUCCGUAAGGAGCAUCUUGCCACUCACAGGCGGCUGCACACGGGUGAGAGGCCCUACCGAUGCGCGCUCUGCCCAAAGACCUUCACCCGUAAGCAGCAUCUGGUGGGACACCAGCGCCUACACGAGGGGGAGGCAAUGUGGCUGGAGAAUCAUCCCACUCAGAUGAACGAGCAUGGCCAAAGGGAUGGAAUCGGGGUCCAGGCAGAUGAUGUAGAGCCUGGACUUGGACAAGAGUCAUAUCCCCGGUAGGAGUGAUGGUGUCUGGGAAGCAGAGUUUAGGCAGCCAUUUUGAAACAAGCAGAGAACUGUCUUUGGUCACAUAUUUGAUCCCCAGAACCGGAGGCAGAAGGCCAGACCCAUAGUGAGAACGAGUGAGAAGGGAGCAUGGAAAUCCAGCCCCCUGCUCAAGCAGGAGACCCUAUUCCAUUCUGGACCAAUUUCUUUUUACUUGAACGAUUCCUUGACUUUUGCUGAGAUCAAGGUGCAGAAUGGUUCAAAAAAGUCAAAAUGGCCACCAGCCCGAUUCUGAUUUUUACCCUCUCUUGCCGAUACCCUUGACAGGAGGCAGUUGCCAAACAUCUGAAUUUUGAUUACGUUGACGUGGUCAUAAGUGUGAAAAAUGGUCUUAAGUCAUCUUUUUUUCCAGACCCUUAACAUUUUGAAUGGUCACUAAAUGGUACUGUUGUAAGUCAAGGCCUACUUGCAUUGUCGUUAUAUAGUGUGCAUUGCUCAGAGUGUUUCUAUGAGGGAGACGGGCGGUUCCUAAUUGUGAUAUAUAAAGAAAAUAAAAUAAAAUGAAUUUUUUAA